AUGGACUUUUGGACGAAGCUCAUCAGCGGCGUGAGCAACAACAAGUCUGCGCCAGCAGCAGCCUCGAGCCCGCAACAACGCCUGCAGCGCUUCCGUCGAGCAUACAACCCCAUCCUUCAGCUCUCUGGCCGUCCUCAGACAACAGCCUCACAUGCUCCUGCCCUCGACCAGCUCUAUUCCUCCCUGCAGACCAUUACCGCGUUGCUCGCCGAAGAGAGCCGCUCGCCUGCUCCUCACCUUUGUCUCAACUUUACUCAAUCCUCGCAAAUCUACAGCGUUGUCGCCCGCGCUGCCUCGACCUCUCGCGACCCACGUCUCGUACGUCAGACCAUCACCUUGUUCAGUCUGCUGCUCGAGAGCGAAGAUGAAGACUUUGUCGCCUCGCCUACCUUUGCCAAAUCUUUUAUGCGCUUCGCCCUCCGUGUCAUAGAUUCAAAUUCCGGCGCCUAUGGCGAAGACAUCGAGGCCGAUGUCGUCGAGCUCCUGUUUGCUAUCGUCGCAAAGAUCCGAAUACAACCCAGCGUUUUAGCUGUCUGGUUUUCCUCUUCCACCGACAAGGUCGAUUCGCAAAAGGAUCCCAACCACUUCGCAGGCACUACCCAAAAGAACGACUUCCCAUUGUGCUAUCUGCUGAUUGACCGCAUUCAUCACGAUGGUCGUAUAGGAGACUUUGCUCGGACUGGCUUACUUUAUAUCUUCGAGGCUGUCUCCAACUCGACCCAUCUCGAGGACUGGAUCAUUGAGAGCGAUCUGCCUACUUUGAUGGCCUCUGGGCUCGGUGCUUUGUACAGCCAGCUGAGCCGUGAGUUGACCAUCCUGCACGAUCACGAUCGCCUACCUAUGAUUCUUGCUCUAUCCGACUAUGUCGAUGCCCAACAAACUUCGUCCACAGAGAGCAUAUUCUCACCCUCACACGCUACUCAUAUGGCAACAUUUCUCUCUCACCUUGCUUUCUGGCAGGAUGUUUUGGAACACUGCAAGUCUGAAAGUGUCAAAACCACUCUUCUAGAUCAUUUCCGAAUCCUCUUCCUACAACAGCUUCUCUAUCCCUCACUGCUUCAGUCUUCCGAUACUGACGGCGGUUCUUCUGUCGCCGUCCUUACUUAUCUUUCCAACAUAUUCGAAUGCCUGGACCAUCCUGAAUUAACACGGAUGGCACUUCAAUAUCUCUUGGCUAUUCCAGAUAACAAGCAAGCAGGACCCGUCUCGCCAACUGUUCAAAGGCGACAAAGUACCCUCAUGCUACUCACACAAUCUGGAAACGACGAAGAUAAAUUUGAGCCAACUCUGUUUAGUCUGAUUGAUCUCAUACUCAACGGCAUCAGGUCGCAAAACUCGCAGACAGUCGUCGCCGCUUUGAAGCUCUCAUCUGUCAUGCUGACGAGACACCGCUCAUAUACGACCCCUACGCUCCUGCAACCAAAGUCGGUUCUGACACCUGAAGAAAAGAGAACCAUCCAAGCACUGUGUGUGGAGACGAAUGACCUUGUGCGGAUUGCCACAGCUCUUGGUGGUGAGAUCGACGUGGAGGAGGCGUAUGCCACAGCGUGCCAGGACAUCACUAUACCUCUGGAAAUCCAGGCCGCCAACAGAGCUCCUGAUGACACUUCCGUGCUGAAAAUCCUGCCUCAUGACCCGUAUAUUCAGUCACUUGCUGCUCUUUUUGGGUCGUUCCUUACCAAUAGCGUAGAUGUCAAUCUUGCUUUGACCGAGGCGACCAUCUGUUUGGCGUCAUGUGCUGGUGUCGGUCUUGAUGGCUGGCUUGCAGUGCCCAGGACUGACUAUCAGCCAACGACGCUCGAACCAACAUUUGAUGGCACUGGCUUAGACGAGGAAGAGACUGUAAGUCUCCGUCUUCUACAAUCCAUGUAUUCUCAGCAGCGUCGACAAGACUCUCAGGACCCACUUUUGCCUACAGUCUUGCGUGCACUAAACCGUCAGGUCGACAACAUACGCUCUGAGACUCCGAUCCUCGAUCUUUUGAUUGAGAAACGCAUUGCGAUCCUGGGCGGAGCUGGCAGGGAAGAAUUGCUCACUCAGCCCAAAAGCUCUGCCGCUCCUAACAGACAGUCAACCGAAUCUUCACGACCGAGUGAGAACCGACAAAUACAGCGUCUCCAGGCAGGAUCACGGCAGAGAUCAACAUCACGGGAAUCCAGCGGUUCGAGAUCAUCGACCCCUGCGAGAACCAGAGAUGGCUCUUUAGCAAGCAUCCCACCAAGAUCCAGCUCUCUUCCACAAGCGCCUCAAAGGCAGCAAUCAGAUUCGAUAUUUAGGCCACCUCCGCCAGAAUCUCCCGAACCAGAGAACCUGCCAGCCGAGAAUUUGUCAGUCCAGUCUGAGUCCAAACAGAAUGAGGCACAACUAUUGAGGGGCCAUAUCCGCUUUGUUCCUACCGAAUCUUCGACCAGCACCACCAUCUUUGAGUACGCAUCAAGUCCAGUGGCUCAUGCUCAAACGGAAGGCGAGGGUGAUAAGGACACCAGGGAAGCCACCCUCAGCCAUAUCGUAACGAACAUUGUCGUCUUGCAGCAUUUCAUCGUAGAGCUGGCCGCGGUGAUGAAAACCCGCGCAAUUGUUUUUGAAGAGGUUGCAUUCGCAUGA